CAAUAACAUUGGCUGCAGAGCAAUGAUUUGAGGGGUCUGAGGAAAUUCGUGCAGAUCAUAAAUUCAGCUGUCUGGUCCGUCCUGUUUUCCCUGAACUUUAACUGUGGUUGUCGCUUUGUGUGUGUGUGCGUGUGUAUGUGUGAGAGAGGAGCGAGCAGGUGACCCUAGUGAAGGUGUAAAACGUGUCUCCUGGUUUUCUAUCAAAGCUGUGUGAGUAGGUAUAUAGUCGGCUAGCUUGUAAGCUAAGAGUGGCUAAAAUGAACUACCAGAUGAACGGUUUCAUUAACAACAGCAGCUCGGUUUACGAUGAAGACUGCUUCCUCUUCUCUUCUGAGUCAGUUGGAGAAGGACACCCCGAUAAAAUCUGUGACCAAAUCAGCGAUGCCGUGUUAGAUGCACACCUCAGACAAGAUCCUGAUGCCAAAGUAGCAUGUGAAACUGUUGCCAAGACUGGGAUGAUCCUGCUGGCUGGGGAAAUCACCUCCAGGGCUAAUGUGGACUACCAGAAGGUUGUCAGGGACACAAUUAAACAUAUUGGCUAUAACGACUCUUCAAAAGGCUUUGAUUACAAGACUUGCAAUGUGCUGGUGGCUUUGGAGCAGCAGUCCCCUGACAUUGCCCAGGGCGUUCACCUGGAUCGCAAAGAGGAGGAUGUCGGAGCCGGUGAUCAGGGUCUGAUGUUUGGGUAUGCCACUGAUGAGACAGAGGAGUGCAUGCCGCUUACCAUUGUCCUGGCUCACAAGCUCAAUGCCAAGAUGGCUGAAUUGCGCAGAAAUGGAGAGCUGCCCUGGCUCCGCCCCGAUUCCAAAACUCAGGUGACUGUUCUGUACAGGCAGGAUAGAGGAGCCAUGGUCCCUCUGCGCGUCCACACAAUUGUGAUCUCUGUGCAACACGAUGAGGCCGUAGGUUUGGAUGAGAUGCGUUGCUCUCUGAAGGAGCGGGUGGUGAAAGCCGUGGUUCCCAGCGGGUUUCUUGACGAUGACACAAUCUACCACCUGCAGCCCAGUGGUCGCUUUGUCAUUGGAGGACCACAGGGUGAUGCUGGACUGACCGGGCGUAAGAUUAUUGUUGAUACUUACGGGGGUUGGGGAGCCCAUGGCGGUGGCGCUUUUUCUGGGAAGGACUACACAAAGGUAGACCGCUCUGCAGCCUACGCUGCCCGUUGGGUGGCCAAAUCUCUAGUAAAAGCUGGGCUCUGCAAGCGUGUCUUGGUCCAGGUAUCCUAUGCCAUUGGUGUUUCCCAUCCCCUCUCUGUCUCAAUCUUCCACUACGGGACCUCCCAGAAGAGUGAAAGGGAGCUGCUGGACAUUGUGAACAAGAACUUUGACCUCCGUCCAGGAGUUAUUGUCAGGGAUCUUGACCUGAAGAAGCCCAUCUACCAGCACACAGCAGCUUACGGUCACUUUGGUCGUGACGUCUUUUCAUGGGAGGUGCCAAAGAAGCUCAUGUACUGAACACCCCCCUCCUGCUUAAUGGGCCUUGUAUCUGUCCUCCUUCCAGUCUUCUCCCUUUAAAAUUCUUCCUCUCACAAACAGCUACACUUUGACAGCCUUUUGCUACAUACAAAAUGCCCUUUAUCCACAUGUUGUUACACAUCCCUGCAGAGAAAAAAUGGCUAUUUCAGUUCAGUUGCCAAGACCAGAGUUUAAGCGCUACGGCCAGAUUCAAAUAAUUUCUGGUGAAUUUCUUUUUCUUUUGCAUAAUUAAUGGCGAUCAUGUUUCCUGGCACACCUAUGGAAAGAGUGCACCGAUUUGUAUGUCAGCAAAUCUGGUAUUAUUGACACUUCUAUAUUAAAACCAUACUUGCAUACAGUAAUGAAAACACUUCGAGUAUCCACAACCACAAAAUUCAGAAUCUCACUGCAGUGUAGUUUUAGAAGUGAUCAGUGGAAAUGUUUUGUCUAACUUGACGGUAACUUCACAGUACAGAAACAUCUUCUAUUCUGCUUGCACUCCUUUUAAAAAAAAGUUUUGUUUUUUUUUUGUUUUUUUUUUUAAUAUAAACCUCUUGAUGGCAAAGAUGGGUCAAACGCUACAGUUUUGUUUUUUUUUCUAUUUAUUUCUAUUUUUGUUUGUGCUGUCCCUUCAGGCCAGUGUUUUCUGACGUUUUACAGAGAAGUCAGAAGCUGCUAUGAUCUCGUGGUUAUGUUGGGCUGUACCUCGAUUUAUUUUGUAGGUUUUAAAACCAUGUGAAUGUUACAAAUGAUGUUAAAUUGGUCAACGUUCUGCUGACCAAGAUGAAGGCGCAUUACUGAGACAGAGUCUGGGUGUAUUACAGAGAAACCUGGGCUCCGUCACCUCUAAGCAAGGGCUCAUGGAAACACCGUACUUGAAAUAUUUUAUGGUGUUUGAAUGUGGGACCUAAGUUUGACCAGCAAGGAGGGAGAACUUAAUGUUUGUCAAGUCAAUUUUAUUUUUUUUUUUUAAUGGGAAAGUGGAACAUGAAGAGUAAAGCUACAUCACAAAGAUGUGAGCGCCGCACAGCUGCAGUUAGUAGUUUUUAAGGUUACCUAAAUUACAUAUUGCAUGUACAGAUUCUGUGCAUUGAAUGCAGAAGUUGUAAAAGAAGCUUUUCUUUUAAAAUAUUUGUUUUUAAAGAGAUGUAUUCAUAUUUAAUGCCAUACAUUGUGGGCUAUGAUUGUGACAAAUCAAAUGUUUCCAUGAGAAACUGUUCUGAGAUAACUGCUGUUCUUUUAAAGAGACUGAUACACUUUUUUUGCUAAAACUCUAGAUUGUUCAUGUAUGCGUGAUUGUCAGACCCUGGCCAGAUUCAAACCUGAGGCUUUUAUAGAGUAUUUGCCUUUAAAUGCUUUUCCUGUUGCACUUCUCACCUAAAUGCUGAUUUGCUGAUUGAACUCAGGCUUACAGCACGCAGAUGUUCCUGUGUUGGUUAUUGGCAGGUUUAAAAUAUGCCUGCAUCAUGCAGCUAGAUGGUGCUGUGUUCCCCAAAAUGAUAGUGAAGUAGGUCUUUAGUCUGACUCCUGUAGCACCACCUUGUGGCUCGUUGCAUGUACUACAGAUUUAAAUUACUCCUACAAAUCUGGCAAACAUGUCUGAAAGAGGGUUAAUGUUCCCCUCACCUUUUUUCAGACACUCCCACAAUAGUGACGGUCAUCCCACAGGCUUUUUAUCUGGCAUUUGUGCAAAAGACUACUUGCACUUAUUGCUGUGCUAGUGAAAUUUUCUCCUGGGAAGUGUAACCACACUUUACUGUUCCCCUUUUGCCGUCUGCUGCACUGUGCUUCUCAGAUCUGCACCCUCACACACAGCCUCUGAUAGAGGGAUGGAGAGAUCAGUUGUAGAUGACUGUUUUAAUCUUGCCGCCAGGUGGAAGAGUUGGUGAGAUAACUUGCCAUGUCCAGUGAAUUUAUUUCUAGGUUGCUGUCUUGUGAGUUGAGCAACCCACGGAGAUGCAGGUGUCGCAUUUAUGUGACUGCAUUCAUUCAGACUUGGCGCAUGUUUAAAGUGAUAUAUUAAUGUUGCAGUGUUUGGUAAGAAUUUAUUUUUUUCAUCGUGCUCUUUCAGGCAUGCAGCAAACGCAUCAGGAUGCAAUCACAAUAACAGGAUGCUGUGUCUAAAAGGGGCUAAUGUCACGCUGGUUAUUUAAAUUAAGGAACCUACUUUUUAAACGUUGUCUCUUCUCGCUCAUCCACAGAUGGAGAAAAUGGUAGUUGGUGUUGUACAGAGAAACCAGCCUGUUUACAUGUCUCCUCCUGUGGACGAUGUGUUUGAGGAGCACUCCCUCCCUUGUUCACUGUUUUUGUGUUUUAAAUCAUUUAAGUCUGUCAGCAGUUGCUAAACAUGGGGGGUAAAAAAGUGCCUUUUCUCCUCUUGCAAAUUUCCUCUUCCCCUACCUCCAAGUACACAACUUACCAUUUUGACCCCGACAACCCCAAGGCUAGUUUCCGUCUUUGGUAUUUCAGAGUGUGAUUUGUUGUUGACUUUCUCUUAAACUGUUGAAAUAAAAUGCACCCUUGCUUUGUGCUUACAGGCUGUGCUUGUUUUAUGUGAAGGGCUAACUUCAACAUCUUUAAACUGUGCUGCUGUAGAUGACACUUUCAUAUGUUUUUAAAUAAAGCAGAAGUGAUCCUA